GGGUCAGAUAUGGCAGAAAGAAACCAGACUCUGGUGACUGAGUUUGUCCUCACAGGACUCACCGAGCGUCCUGAGUUGCAGGUGCCACUCUUCCUUCUGUUCUUCAUCGUCUACCUCAUCACCAUGGUGGGCAACCUUGGCCUGAUUGCUCUCAUCUGGAAGGACCCUCACCUUCAUACAACUCCCAUGUACUUAUUCCUCAGCAGUUUAGCUUUUGCCGAUGCCUGCACUUCUUCUUCUGUGACCCCCAAGAUGCUUGUCAAUUUUCUGUCUACAGAUGGCGAGAUAUCUCUGAUUGAGUGCUUCGCCCAGUUUUACUUUUUUUGCUCCAGUGCGACCACAGAAUAUUUCCUCCUGCUGGUGAUGGCCUACGACCGCUAUGUCGCCAUAUGCAACCCCCUGCUCUAUCCCGUGGUGAUGUCCAACAAGCUCUGUGCUCAGUUUAUAGUUGUUACACAUUUUAUAGGUAUUCUGAAUUCAACAAUUCAUGUGGGGUCGUUAACGAGAUAAACUUUCUGCAGGUCCAAUGUUAUACAUUAUUUCUACUGUGAAAUUGUACAAUUAUUCACAAUUUCUUGCACUGAUCCUACACUUAACAUGCUGGUGCUUUUCAUCUGUCAAUCUUUAUACAUACAAGCAUUCACGUUUGUAAAUAUUGUCGUCUCUUACACCCGUGUGCUCUUCGCCAUCCUGAGAAAGAAGUCCGAGAAGGGCAGAAGCAAAGCUUUCUCCACCUGCAGUGCCCAUCUGCUCUCUGUCUCUCUGUUCUAUGGAAAUCUCUUCCUCAUUUAUAUCCAUCCUGGGUCUGGGCCGGCUGAAGAUAAAGAAAAACUAUAUUCUUUAUUUUACACAAUAAUAAUCCCCUUGCUAAAUCCAUUUAUUUAUAGUCUGAGGAAUAAAGAGGUUCUAGGAGCCCUGAGAAGACUAAUAAAGAAAUAA